UGUUCAACACGUCAUGUCUUGAAAGUGAAAUAAGGAUACCUUCAAGUCUCAAAGAGAAAAGGAGAGAAGUGACCGCGCAUUGACUGCACAAGCCGAAUGAAUUUUUCCUAAUUUCUCAUGACAAUCUAAUCCAUGAUCUAAUUAAGAGAUAAUUUACAAACGACGUCAUCAAAUUGAUGAGAAUUUGAGACAAUAACAAUUUGCGACAGAACGAACAUGGAUGACGAAACGUUGAAUAGGCUAGCAGCAGAAGCUUUACUGGAAGAAGCCAGACUUGGUGCACGAAGAGCCGAAAUAAUGGGUCCCAGUGGAUGGGUGAAACCUAAAGAAACCGUUAACAAAAGAUUCCUCCAUUCAACAUUACGAAAUGCAGUAAUAUCAAACAAGCACCGAUCUCUGAAGCAAGAAAAAGUAAAAGUUCAACCACGUAAAGACACUGUUAAAAAGUCUUAAUGUAGUAUUGUUUUUCGCGUAUAUAUUUAUAUAUGUUUCUAGUAUACAUUUUUAACAAUUUCUCAUUUCUUGUUAAGAGAGAGGGGAAGAGAUGUGCAAAAGAUGUUUAAAUAUUGUUACUAAAGUAAACGACUGUAGUUGUUUUUAUUUAUUCUA